AUGACGAGCCUCUUAGCCUUCACCCCAAGCACCCCCUCUCAGCGCCUCCCCACUUUCUCUAACGUGCGCCAUCAUCUUCGCCUCAGCCGCACCACCCUCCUCAUCAGCUACCCACAUCCGCUCCCACGUGUCCAGAUCCUCUACCGUGCGCCGCAUGCUCCCCCACGCCCUUCCCUUUCCGCCUCCGCCCUACGCGCCGCAGCCGAUGACCUCUUGCAGGACGCCGGAGCCACCGCGUUUGUGCUCGCGGGCGCCUACGGCCUCGUCCUCUGCUUCGACAAUCUCACGCAGCGAAACCUUCUCCAGCAGAGUUUAAGCAGAAAAUUGGUGCAUAUAUUGUCUGGGCUGCUCUUCAUGCUUUCCUGGCCAAUUUUCAGCACCUCAACAGCGGCUCGCUACUUUGCCACUGUGGUUCCCCUUGUCAAUUGCUUGAGGCUUCUUCUUCAUGGCCUCUCCAUAGUCACCAAUGAAGGACUAGUCAAAUCUGUCACUCGAGAAGGAAACCCAAAGGAGUUGCUUAGAGGUCCUUUGUAUUAUGUUCUGAUUUUGAUUUUAUGUGCUCUUGUAUUUUGGCGCGAGUCUCCAGUUGGAGUGGUCUCCUUGGCAAUGAUGUGUGGUGGGGAUGGUGUUGCUGAUAUCAUGGGGAGAAAAUUUGGGUCCAUAAAGAUCCCUUAUAAUCAAAAAAAGAGUUGGGCUGGUAGCAUAUCCAUGUUUCUUUUUGGGUUCUUGAUUUCCAUUGGGAUGCUCUACUAUUACUCAUUUCUGGGAUAUUUUCAGUUGAAUUGGGUCGAGACGGUUGAAAAAGUAGCAUUGAUUUCUCUGGUGGCAACAAUAGUGGAGUCUCUUCCAAUUACAGAAGUACUAGAUGACAAUAUAUCUGUUCCAUUGGUGAGCAUGGCAGCAGCAUACUUGAGUUUCUCUCUGUAA